UACUAUAAACCUUAGGGAGUAUAUCAAACUACACAAUUCAAGGACCGGGCUAUAUAAAUCAGAUCGAUCUGAUCUCAUCGCCUCGGCAUCAUCGUCAAAAACCAACAAGAAAUAGAAGAAUUUCCCCCCUCUAAAACCUCGAAGCCAUGGGUCUGAAGGAGGAAUUUGAAGAGCAGGCCGAGAAGGCGAAGACCUUGCCUGAGACCACUUCCAAUGAGAACAAGCUUAUUCUCUAUGGACUUUACAAGCAAGCCACGGUUGGAGUUGUGAAUACACCUCGCCCUGGCUUGUUCAACUUGAAGGACAAGGCCAAAUGGGAUGCAUGGAAAGCUGUUGAAGGAAAAUCGACGGAGGAAGCGAUGAGCGACUACAUCACCAAGGUGAAGCAGCUCCAGGAGGAGGCAUCUGCCGCAUGAGCUUCUUGAAAGUUGGCUGAACCAGCUACUGUCAGCUGAACUCUAUAUGAUAUCUUGUUAUGAGAACCUAGAUCAGUCUAUCCAUUGGGGAUGUGAACCAUGUACCUUUAAAUGUACUAUCUCGCGCAAUCUGCUAUCCAUCUAUGAAGACUGUACUUAAUUAUUAUCUGCUAUAAGCAUCUCUCCACCUGUGUUAUGCCCGUC